AAUUGACAAAGCGUGUUUCGCCAAUCACAAUAUGGCUUCCAUAGCCAAUCGCUAGUACUUGCUGGCGUCAUCAGAGCCGCGACUUCGAUGGCAGCGGGGAGAAUAGAAACAGCAACGAGGAUUGAAUGAAAACUGAGGGAAACAAGUGCAGAGAUCAUUUUCGCCUGUGAACUGCGGAUAUGAGUACACAGUACAGCAUUCUUUUCAAGCAGGAACAUGCCCAUGAAGAUGCAAUAUGGUCAGUAGGAUGGGGUAAAAACUCAAAUGAUGGGUCAGAGUUGGUGAUCAGUGGUUCCCUGGAUGAUUUGUUAAAGGUGUGGAAAUGGUCUGAUGAACGGUUGGAGAUGCAGUGGACAUUGGAAGGUCAUCAGCUCGGUGUGGUGUCAGUGGAUGUUAGCCCUAGUGGCAACAUAAUGGCUUCCAGUUCCUUAGAUGCUCACAUACGCCUGUGGGAUCUUGAUAGUGGGAAGCAGAUCCGCUCCAUUGAUGCAGGACCAGUGGAUGCUUGGUCUGUAGCCUUUUCACCAGACUCCCAACACCUUGCAACUGGGAGCCAUGUAGGAAAAGUAAACAUCUUUGGCGUGGAGACAGGGAAGAAGGAAUACUCACUGGAUACAAGAGGGAAGUUUAUCCUCAGUAUUGCAUAUAGCCCAGAUGGGAAAUACUUAGCCAGUGGAGCCAUUGAUGGGAUCAUAAACAUAUUUGAUAUUGCUACUGGGAAGCUUCUCCACACGUUGGAAGGACAUGCCAUGCCUAUAAGAUCCCUGACUUUCUCCGCUGACUCCCAGCUGCUGGUCACAGCAUCAGAUGAUGGUUAUAUCAAGAUUUACGAUGUACAACAUGCCAGCUUGGCUGCCACCUUGAGUGGGCAUGGCUCCUGGGUGCUUAAUGUGGCAUUCUCACCGGAUGAUGCUCAUUUUGUUUCCAGCUCCUCUGACAAAAGUGUAAAGGUCUGGGAUGUAUCUGCCAGAACAUGUGUGCACACCUUCCUAGAUCACCAAGACCAGGUUUGGGGCGUAAAAUACAACAAGAAUGGAUCUAAAAUUGUCUCUGUUGGUGAUGAUCAGGAAAUCCAUGUGUAUGAUUGUCCUAUUUGAUACCCGAAGGAGGAGUUCUGCCCACAUAUCUUCUAAGUGCUCCUUGUCUAGAGGCACUUACCCUAUGAAACUGUCUGUUGCUGUUAAGAAUUGGGUGCACUCAUAAGCAAAUUCUUAUUUUUUCUUUGCACCUGUUACAGCUAUAGAUGUGUAAAUAUUAUUUCUGCAUUGAAGCAGAAUAUUUCCCUAAUGAUUUGACCAUAAUUUAUCCGAAUAAACCUGGAUUUUUAUGUACCUUUUGAAA